CUCACUCUUUCCUCACUCCACGCACGGCGCCUUGUUUCUCAGCUUGUUUCUCAGACUGGGUUGCGUCGCUGUGAUCAAAAUGUCUGCGCCAACCAAGCUGAAGAUCUCUUUCGGCAAGAAGCCUGAGCCAGCCGGGCCAGUUGAGCCAGUCGAGCCCAAGGAGGAGCCAGCUCCUCUUCAGAGGAAGCUGACUCUCAAGUUCGGAACUGGAAAUAAUACCCCAGCCACCAAACCAGAGAAAAAGGAGAAACCGAAAAAGACUAAAGCGCCUGCAAAACCUAAAAGAGAGUCGGCGGCGUCGAAGAAGCGACGCGCAAAUGUUGCUGCUGGAGACGACUCGGAUGCGGCUCCAGAGGCCCCCUUGGGUCCCAAGCGCAUCAAACUACUCAACUCAGCCAAAGAAACCGGCGUCAAGUCAAUUCGCAUCAGGAAUAAAGCUCGGGUGCAGGCCCGGCCUAUGGGGGUGGGAUAUGAUUCCGAGGCCUCGGACAUGGAGACGGAUCCUCAUAUUGAGGAAGACUUUAUUCUGCGCAUGCUACCGGGCGAAGAUUGCGAUCAUAUUCGCCAAGCCAUCAACGAACGACGACUUGAUCGUUCUCAGAUUGGAAUCAAACCACUUACUCGAGAAGGACGUCGGACCGUCCUUCGGGUUCGCGAUAAGCAAUACGCGGCUACGCUGGUCGAUCUACCAUGUAUUGUCGAAGGAUUGAAGAGCUGGGAUAAACGUAUGUUCUACAAGGCUGGAGAUAUUACGCAGAUGAUGCUCGUGCUUGGGCAAGUUCAGAACGAGGAAGAAGCAUUGAAAUAUCCGUUGCCGGAGGAGGUCAAAGUGUUGGAUGAUAAGACUUAUCAAUACGCCCAUGGUCUAACGCCACCAUUGAAAUAUGCGAGGAAGCGUCGGUUUCGAAAGCGGGUCAGUGCUCGUACAAUUGAGCAGGCAGAAAAAGAGGUGGCAGAUCUCAUUGCGCAGGACGAGGCGGCCAUACGACCGCCCAAGUUUGAACUUGUUGACGCAACGUCCAUGACACGUGCCGAGGGCAUGGUUAACUACGACGAAGAUUACGACGAUAUGCAAGAUGCAUAUGGAGAAGCAGAAUAUGACCUACAAGAUGAAGAGGACGGGCAAGCAGAUCUUUUCGAGGACGAGCUCGCUGCAGAUUUGGAGGCUGCCCUCGCCGCAGGGCUUGAGGAAGAUCCAGGCGUUGCAGACACUUCGGCUGCAGCUGUUCCGGGACAAUCAGUUACCCCCUCAGCGACCAGACCUGGGGAUGAAUCAUCGGGCGACGAGAGCGAGGAAAGUGACCGAGAAGAGAGUGGCGGUCCAGACGCUGAUAUGGACGAUGAAACGCUUGAACGGCGCCGCGAGGUUCAAGAACAGCGUGAGAUAAUCACCGAACUCGAGGGUUUGAUAGCACAGGAGACCGCGAAGUACGAGAUGCAGGGAAACAAGAUCCUGAAACAGAAGAUAGGAAAACGCGUUCAACAACUGAAGCAAGACUUGGCUUUGAAGAAAGCUUCUAUCGGGGGAGACGAGGCUGAUGGUGCAUGAACGGCACUAAUUGAGGAGUAGCAUUUACGAUACCAUUGUCUUAAUUGUCGAGUGCGUUGUGAGCGUUCUAUUUAUUAGCACCAGUGGGUACACUCGAGUUGAUAACAUCAACAGCCUCCUCGCC